AUGCAGGCUUGCAUGCUGCAAGGACUGGCUCUCUGCCUCCUGCUGGGGAAUCUUGCAGGGGCCAAGCCCGUGCAGGAGGAGGCAGACCCCUAUGCUCAGCCUCCAGCCAUGCCCUACUGGCCUUUCUCCACCUCUGACUUCUGGAACUACGUGCAGUACUUCCAGACACUGGGCGCCUACCCUCAGCUGGAGGACAUGGCCGGCACCUUCUUUGCACACUUCCCCCUGGGGAGCACCCUAGGUUUCCAUGUCCCCUACCAAGAGGACUGAACAGCAUCCAGUCUGGUGCCUGCUCACCUGCCUGGAGCCUCAGGGCUAGCCUGGGGAUGUCCAGAGCCAAAUUGUUGGGGCAAGGGGUGGGGGUUUAUGCCCAAUAAACU